AUGAGCGACGUUGUAGAACGUGCGAACUCAACGCGAGCCUCCACCUACUCCUCCACUUCUUCUUUAACUAUCGGUGUUCAACGUCAAACUGCUGUCAGAAAAAUGAUGAAGGGGAUCGUAACAGUGGCGCCGAAUAUUCGGGAAUCACCGAAGACUGCUAGUGAAGUGGACACCUCCCCUGGUUCGAGUGAUCUGACCAAGCGUUGUGCACCUUCGGAUGAGCAUCAUCCCCAAAGGUUGAAUGACUUCUUCACCACCGCCGAAUGGAUCUGCUUGGUGGAGAUAACAGUCUCGAGAGGUCUGCACAUGCUGUUCCCAGGCAAGAUGGCCAGUUGGUAUAUGCGACACGAUCGAGUUCGACUGGAAGCAUUAAACCUGUCUCGGGCUCCUGUUAAAGCCAAUCAGUUGAGGUACGCCUCGUGA